AGCAUGCGUUGGUUCAAUCCAUCAUGACCACUCCGGAAUCGAGCAUAUCUCAUCUAGGGACAAUCCAGGAGUCUGAUACACAGUUGUCCCAAACUGCUAGCGACGCUUCUGACCAGAGUGAUGAAGAAGGAUUCACAUACCCUGAAUCAGACUCGGAAGAGGAGGAAUUUGUUUACCCUGGCACCACUGAGGACACCUCUGCUGCCGAUGAUGGAGGGGGGUUACCUCCCUCAGAAGAAGUGUCAACUUUCAUUGCGGAUACAGAAGCAGAGCAAGAACAGAUGCCCGUCCCAGAUAAUACAGCACCACUAGAUGAACUUGCAUCUCUUGCAUCUCAGCCAGUUGUACAGACACAACCUCAUCCAUCUCCUGCUCAGUUGGAAGCUUUGUCUGCGGCUGCUUCUGAUGGUGACCUGUCUCUUUUGAAGAAGCUCUUUCAGACAGCUUUACAAGGCGGUGAACUUGAGGCCUUUGCCCUGGCAAAUGAUGCGUCCUCUCGAACAGGCCUCACUGUUUUGCAUGUCGCGGCUAGUCGAGGUUACUUAGACAUUGUCCAAUGGCUGGUAGAAGAUUGCGGUGCCAUUCCAGAUUUAGAGGACCGCGAAGGAGAAACUGCUUUGCAUAAAGUUGCUCUUCAUGGCCACCUACCAAUCGUCACGUAUUUACUACCAGAUAGAGCAGACGUAAAUGCUCGUGAUGCUGACGGCUGGACAGCUCUCCACAACGCCUGUUCUAAAAUAUCGUGAGGUGGUUAUGCGAG